AUGGAGACUAUCAACGUGGAUGUUCUGGUCUGUGGGGGAGGAAUGUCUGGAAUGGCAUGUGCUGCUUUCGCAACCGAAGCAGGAGCUCAAACAAUGGUUGUCGAGAAGCAACCCGAUGUCGGUGGCUCAUCAAAUUACUCUGCGGGAAUGUUCUGGGCACCGCAAAACUACGAUAAGCUGAGAUCUUGGGUCCCAGCAGGAGACCCUACUCUACAAAAAGCCUGGCUGAAAGAUUACCUGCCCGCAGUGCAGUGGAUGCGUGACAACGGAGUGCCUACUGCAAAACGUUUCGAUGGCAUCAUGACAAUAGGUAUCGGGUUCCCAAUCAAAAUACCGCACCUUCAAGAUCUCCAUCAAAAACGCAUCAAGUCGAGCAACGCAAAUGCACUUUUCACAAACACCUCGGUGGUCAGGCUAAUUCAGAAAGAGUCUGGUGUGCCUGGAUCGAGUGUAACCGGUGCCAUCAUUUGUCGGCAUAACUCCAAUUCGCCAUCUACAUACUAUGAGGUUCAAGCUAAGUUGGUUGUUUUGGCCACUGGUGGAUUCCAAGGUUCUUCCGAUAUGACCUCGAAGUACCUAGGACAGGGUGGAGAUAAUAUCUUCGUGCGUUCGAAUCGUGGUUCGGUGGGCGACGGGCUCAAUAUGGCCAUUGAAGCUGGUGCUGGGACUAGCAGGGGUAUGAAUACCUAUUAUGGCCAUCUAAUGCCAGCUCCACUCCGAGCUGAGGACGUGAAGCCAAAGGAAUAUCUUCCACUUGCCCAAUAUCAAAGCAAAUAUUGCCUGUUGAUCAAUGAAUCCGGUCGACGAUUUGCAGAUGAAUCAACAGGAGAUGAAAUCAUCAACCAAUAUCUUGCCAAGCAGGAAAAGCGUCGUGGGUUUAUAUUGUUUAAUGAGGAAACCCGCCUCCGACACAGUGUGGGUGCGCUGUUUCCCAAUGCUGGUGAUGUCGAUCGUCUGCAAAAAGCGCGCGACCACGGUUGUAAUGUUGGAAAGGCUUCAACGCUGAAUGAAUUGAUGAAUAUUCUUCAUAAUUGGGGGGUGAACGAUGUGCAGACAAGACGCACCAUCGAGCAGUAUGAUCAAGUAAUGCGUUUGGGGCACAAGCACAUCUCCUUGGAUGCCCCUGUUGGCCGUGGUGGACCGCAGCCUGCACCUUUGGUGGAUGGAGAAGGUCCAUUUUAUGCCAUUGAGGUCCAGCCAUCUAUUACCUUCACCUACGGUGGAAUCGCGAUCGACACACAAGGGCACGCGCUGACCCCUGACAAGUCUAUCAUUCCAGGCUUGCUUGUAGCAGGCGUCGAUGCUGGUGGUUUUAGCAACCUUGGAUAUGCUGGAGGCCUUGCUCUGGCCUUUGUGACAGGCUUUUGGGCUGCCCAAGAGGCUGCAAAACAAUUGAAUUUGCCGGUCCCUCGCCUUCCUCCUGCUGAUUCUCGCGAUGGGGAGGAAAGACCAGUUCCAGGCCGUCUGUAG